UAACCAUCUAACCUGCGUCUAAGCCACUGUUGCGUGGAAAUGGAGUUCUAGUGUAGAAAGUAAUGUUGGUUGCCCUGUAAAUUGUGCCCGCCAUUAUAUGUGUAUAGUGCGCUGUCUUAGUAUACAAUUAUACCCGGUGUGUGAAGUGUACGUUUAGUGUUUAUAGAAAACUUGUAAAUAUGUCGAAACCAGAAGACGCUAUGGAGGGAGUGGACACUGGUGAAAACUCGAAUGCAUCGUCAGCCGACACGAUGUCAUCGAGGGAGAAACCAGAAGAUUAUGAAGUGAAAGUUGUUACAGAUCGGAGCAAGCGCUUUGAUUACUUACUGAAACAAACCGAAAUCUUCACUCAUUUUAUGUCCAACAACCAAGGUGGGAAGACACCAUCCAGUCCAUUAAAAGUUCGACCCGGGCGACCGAGAAAAGAACAACCAAAAAUUGAUCCUGGAGAUCAUCGGCAUCGGAAAACUGAGCAGGAAGAAGAUGAAGAGCUUCUUGCAGAGACAAAUUCAAAUCGAAAGACCAUAAUAUCGUUUGACCAAUCACCGCAUUACAUCAAGAAUGGGGAGAUGAGAGAUUACCAAGUGCGUGGUCUAAAUUGGAUGAUAUCUCUUUAUGAAAAUGGUAUUAAUGGGAUUCUCGCCGAUGAAAUGGGCUUAGGAAAAACUUUACAGACAAUAUCGUUGCUUGGGUACAUGAAGCAUUAUCGGAGUAUUCCUGGUCCUCAUAUUGUAAUAGUUCCAAAAUCAACUUUAGCUAACUGGAUGAAUGAAUUUAAAAAAUGGUGUCCUUCUCUUAGAGCAGUAUGUUUAAUUGGUGAUCAGGAAACAAGGAAUGCUUUUAUACGUGAAACGCUGAUGCCAGGCGAGUGGGAUGUCUGCGUAACAUCAUAUGAGAUGGUUAUUAAGGAAAAAGGUGUCUUCAAAAAGUUUAACUGGCGCUACAUGGUUAUAGAUGAGGCUCAUAGGAUAAAAAAUGAAAAGUCAAAGCUUUCUGAAAUUGUACGAGAAUUCAAGACGACAAAUAGGCUUCUGUUGACAGGAACACCUCUCCAAAAUAAUCUCCAUGAGCUGUGGUCUUUGCUAAAUUUUCUACUUCCUGAAGUAUUCUCAUCAGCAGAUGAUUUUGACUCUUGGUUUGACACCAAUAGUUUUCUAGGUGACAAUGCACUUGUGGAACGAUUGCAUGCUGUACUGCGGCCAUUCUUACUGCGACGCUUGAAGAGCGAAGUGGAAAAGAGGCUGAAACCCAAGAAAGAAGUGAAAGUUUAUGUAGGACUGAGUAAAAUGCAACGAGAGUGGUAUACUAAGGUCCUCAUGAAAGAUAUAGAUGUUGUGAAUGGUGCAGGAAAAAUAGAAAAGAUGCGACUGCAGAACAUUCUGAUGCAGCUGCGCAAAUGUUCCAAUCACCCAUAUUUGUUCGAUGGUGCAGAACCUGGACCACCUUUCACCACAGACGAACAUUUGGUGUAUAACUGCGGCAAGAUGGUGAUUCUUGACAAGCUGUUGCCGAAGUUGCAGCAGCAGGAGUCAAGAGUUCUAAUCUUCAGCCAGAUGACUCGAAUGCUGGACAUCCUUGAAGAUUAUUGCCUUUGGAGAGGAUACAUGUAUUGCAGACUUGAUGGACAGACCCCACACGAAGAUCGUCAGAGACAGAUAAAUGAGUACAAUGCCCCUGGCAGUGAGAAAUUCAUCUUUAUGUUGUCCACCCGAGCUGGUGGUCUGGGUAUUAACUUAGCAACAGCAGAUGUGGUAAUCAUUUAUGACUCAGACUGGAACCCUCAGAUGGAUCUCCAGGCCAUGGACCGAGCACAUCGUAUCGGCCAGCAGAAACAGGUGCGAGUCUUCAGGUUCAUCACUGAGAACACAGUUGAGGAGAAAAUUGUGGAGAGAGCUGAAAUCAAACUGAGGCUCGACAAGCUGGUCAUCCAGCAGGGCCGCCUGGUUGAUAACAAACAGAACCAGUUGAACAAAGAUGAAAUGUUAAAUAUGAUAAGACAUGGUGCAAAUCAUGUAUUUGCAUCAAAAGAUUCUGAAAUUACUGAUGAGGAUAUAGAUACUAUACUGCAGAAAGGAGAAGCCAAAACGGAAGAACUGAGGCAGAAACUGGCAGGCCUGGGAGAAUCUUCUCUCCGAAACUUCACAAUGGAUACAUCGACAGCGGACUCGGUUUACCAGUUUGAGGGAGAAGACUACAGAGAAAAACAAAAAGUUUUGGGAAUUGGAAGUUGGAUCGAACCACCAAAAAGAGAGAGGAAGGCUAACUAUGCUGUGGAUGCAUACUUCAGAGAAGCUCUUAGAGUGUCUGAGCCUAAAGCUCCCAAGGCUCCUCGACCUCCAAAGCAGCCAAUUGUGCAAGACUUCCAGUUUUUCCCACCACGUCUCUUUGAAUUAUUAGAUCAAGAAAUCUAUUACUUUAGGAAAACUGUUGGUUACAAAGUUCCAAAAAAUCCAGAAUUAGGAUCAGAUGCCUCACGCAUCCAGAAAGAAGAGCAGAGGAAAAUAGAUGAGGCACAGCCACUAACAGAAGAAGAAAUAAUGGAGAAAGAGAAACUUCUUACACAGGGAUUCACAAACUGGACGAAACGAGAUUUCAACCAAUUCAUUAAAGCAAAUGAAAAAUACGGGAGAGAUGAUAUAGAGAACAUAUCAAAAGAAGUCGAAGGAAAGACUGCGGAGGAGGUUCUGGAGUACAGUCAAGUAUUCUGGGAACGGUGUCACGAGUUGCAGGAUAUUGACAGGAUUAUGGCGCAAAUUGAUAGAGGAGAAGCUAAAAUACAACGGCGUGCCAGCAUCAAGAAGGCUCUAGAUGCAAAGAUGGCAAGAUACCGUGCUCCAUUCCAUCAACUCCGUAUUGCCUAUGGUACCAAUAAAGGAAAGAAUUACACUGAAGAGGAAGAUAGAUUCCUGGUGUGUAUGCUUCAUAAGUUGGGUUUUGACAAAGAAAACGUUUAUGAAGAACUUCGAGCUGCUGUCAGGUCAGCACCACAGUUCCGCUUUGACUGGUUUAUAAAAUCCCGCACGGCAAUGGAACUACAGCGGCGGUGUAACACGUUAAUAACACUUAUAGAACGUGAAAACCAGGAACUCGAGGAAAAAGAACGUGCGGAGAAAAAGAAGAGGGGACCCCGAGGAGGCGGAGCGGGAGGAGGCGGAACUGGUGGGGGUGGCAGUGUCGGGGGUGUGCCUGGUGCCGGUGUGGGGGCGGGCCAGGGCAAGCCGGUGAUGCCCAGCAGCGGGCAGAAGCGCAAAGGCGACGGCAGCUCGACUCCGGACGGCAAGGCCAGCCGAAAGAAGAAGAAAGAGAAGUGAUAGGUGUCACACUGGCAGUGGUGGGGGAACGUCGGACGGACUCCCAUCCUGCUUCACGAACAGUGCCCCGUAGACAUUUGCACGGGACCGGAGUUUUAGACCGCCUCACAGUGCUGCUCGACGUAGCUCUUUGCUGUCUGUGUGGUGUUAUUUCUUUCUCAGACUCGACGUUCAUUAGAUGCACGUCAUAAGUUCUUUGAGCAGUUUGUUUCUGUGCUUCGCUGUCAGUGAUAUUGAGACAGUUUUUGAACUGAGUGUUGCUGUCAGUGAGGAAAGAUGGAGGACUGCCACUUACAGAGCCACUGCAUUUAAGGCAAAAAGCAGUUUAUUUACAUUUGUGAUGGAUUGAAGAUGGUUGUAAACUCAGUUUUCUGUUUCCCAUGUACAUUCCACUUCCUGAUUUUAUUCUUUAAAGUAUUGUACUUAAACCAUUAUUAAAUAUCUUGUGUUCAGUGAA